AAAAGUGCUGGGAUUACUGAUGUGAGCCACUGCACCCAGGCUAGAGUACACUUUUGAUAAAUAUUUUUGAUUACGUAGAAUAAUUUUACGGUGAGUUCAAAGUAGGCUUUUGCAGUUUUUAUUGUGGACAUGUAUUUAUACUGUUAGUUUCAGGAUAUCUUUACUUAUCAUCUCCUGUGUUUUUAAUCAUGAUGUUUCCUUUUCAAACAACACAUUAUGAUGAAAGAUCAGUUUUCAAUGAAAUCAUUUAUAAGUAUGUACUAGCUACUGCAACUUCGGGGUUUGGAAAGGAAAAAUUAAAGUGCGCUAUGUUUACAUGUUGGAAACGUUGGAAAAAUCAGUCUAGGAUUGGAAGAAGAUGGGAAGAUUUAGGAGUAAUUGUUAAUGGGUACAAGGUUUCUUCUUAGGGUGAGAAAAUGUUCUAAAAUUAUUUGUGGUGAUGGUUACACAAGUAUGAUUAUACCUAAAAUCAUUGAAUCAUACACUUUAACUGGAUAAAUAAAAGGCUUUUAUAUUGGAAAGGAAAUAGUAAAACUGUAUCUGUUUGUAGAUAACAUGAUCUUAUAUACAAAACAAAAAUCUUAAGGAGUCCCCUAAAAAUCUAUUAGAGGUAAUAAAUGACUUUUCACACUACCCACAUAGGGGUCCAUAUGGCGUUCUGGAUUCCCAUCAUAGCUUAAAGCGAAACUUUUCACCAUGUCCGGAGCCCUUGAUGUCCUGCAAAUGAAGGAGGAGGAUGUCCUGCAAAUGAAGGAGGAGGAUGUCCUUAAGUUCCUUGCAGCAGGAACCCGCUUAGGUGGUACCAAUCUUGGCUUCCAGAUGGAACAGUACAUCUCUAUGAGGAAAAGUGAUGGCAUCCACAUCAUAAAUCUGAAGAGGACCUGGGAGAAGCUUUUGCUGGCAGCUCAUGCCAUUGUUGCCAAUGAAAACCCUGCUGAUGUCAGUGUUAGAUUAUCCUCCAGGAAUAUUGGCCAGAGGGCUGUGCUGAAGUUUGCUGCUGCCACUGGAGCCACUCCAGUUGCUGGCCACUUCACUCCUGGAAUCUUCACUAACCACAUCCAGGCAGCCUUCCAGGAGCCACGGCUUCUUGUGGUUACUAACCCCAGGGCUGACAACCAACCUGUCACAGAGGCACGUUAUGUUAACCUAUCUACCACUGAUUUGUGUAACACAGAUUCUUCUCUGCACUAUGUGGACAUUGCCAUUCCAUGCAACAAAAAGGGAGCUCACUCAGUGGGUUUGCUGUGGUGGAUGCCGGCCCAGGAAGUUUUGCGUGUGUGUGGCACCAUUUCCCAUGAACACCCAUGGAAGUUGAUGCCUGAUCUCUACAGAGAUCCUGAAGAGAUUGAAAAAGCAGAGCAGACUGCUGCUGAAAAGGCUGUGACCAAGGAGGAAUUUCAGGGUGAAUGGACUGCUCCAGCUCCUGAGUUAACUGCUACUCAGCCUGAGGUUGCAGACUGGUCUGAAGGUGUGCAGGUACCCUCUGCACCUAUUCAUCAGUUCCCUACUGAAGACUGGAGCGCUCAGCCUGCCACAGAAGGCUGGUCCGCAGCUCCCAGUGCUCAGGCCAUUGAAUGGGUAGGAGCAACCACUGAAAGAUCUUAAGCUGUUCUUGCACACACUCUUAAGCAACAUGGAAAUAAGGUUGAUGGAAAAUAAACGUCAGUUUCUUAAAAAAAAAAAAAAAGUAAUGCAUUCAGCUAGGUUGA